UGACAAGUCGCGCGGCUGAGUCCGCGAGAGCAAAGGAGACGCAUGAACUCGUCCGCCAACAGGAAGUGGAUGGCAGGAGAAGGGGAACGUCGAGAAGGUAGUUGAGUCGGUGGUGGCUACAUGUGGAUAUCCGCCGGUCGCGACGAGAAUUUUCGCAUCAGAAAGCAGACGUUAAUUUCCUCGCGUCGAAUCGCGGGAUCCGUGACGUAUCACGCCGUAAACGAGAGCGAUCCGCAGUUAGUCAUGCAGAUGGACCCGACGACGUUGCAGCUGAUCCAAAUCCUUGAGAAGACCGUCUCGUCGGAUAAGAAUGAGCUCUUGGCAGCACAGAAUUUCCUGCAGCAGGCGGCCGAAACCAAUCUCCAUGAAUUCGUGCAACGACUCAGCGCCGUGCUGGUCACAGUCGGCGCGAGCCCCGUCGCCCGCAUGGCAGCGGGUCUACAGCUCAAAAACCAACUUACCUCCAAGGAUCCUGACAUGAAGUUCCAGUACCAGCAACGCUGGCUUACUAUCCCUGUUGAAACAAGGGAAUAUAUCAAGAAAAAUAUUUUAGGAGCGUUGGGAACAGAAAAUAAUAGGCCAAGUUCCGCGGCACAAUGUGUCGCUUACGUUGCUGUUGCCGAGUUACGGGGGCAAUGGAGCGAAUUAAUUCCAUUGUUAGUCAAUAAUGUUGUCAACCCGUCCAGUACCGAGAUGAUGAAGGAGGCCACUCUAGAGACUAUUGGAUAUAUCUGCCAAGAAAUCGAAAGCGAAGUGCUAGUAUCACAAUCAAAUGAGAUUCUUACUGCUAUCAUUCAUGGUAUGAAGGGUUCCAGCACGUCGAAUCACGUUCGAUUAGCGGCUACAAGCGCCCUGUACAAUUCUUUGGAAUUCACCAAAGGAAAUUUUGAAAAGGAGACGGAACGAAAUUUCAUAAUGGAAGUUGUAUGUGAAGCUACUCAGUCCACCAAUACUCAAAUCAGAGUAGCUGCUUUACAAUGUCUUGUGAAAAUUAUGUCAUUGUAUUAUCAAUACAUGGAAGCAUACAUGGCUCCAGCGCUGUUUCCUAUAACUUUAGAAGCUAUGAAAUCCGAUGUUGAUGAAGUAGCACUUCAGGGAAUAGAAUUCUGGUCAAAUGUGUCCGAUGAGGAAGUUGACUUGUCAAUGGAAGAAGGAGAGGCAACGGAAGGGGGUCGUCUACCGCUGAAAGUUUCGCGACAUUAUGCUAAGGGAGCUUUACAAUACUUAGUUCCGGUAUUGAUGAAGAAAUUAACUAAACAAGAAGAAUUUGAUGAUGAAGACGAUUGGAAUCCUUCGAAGGCCGCUGGAGUUUGCUUAAUGUUGCUAUCCUCAUGUUGUGAAGAAGCUAUCGUUCCGUAUGUUCUUCCUUUUGUCAAGGACAAUAUUAAGAGUCCAGAUUGGAGGUAUAGGGACGCAGCUUUAAUGGCGUUUGGUUCGAUUCUCGGUGGUUUAGAACCUGCUACAUUAAAACCAUUAGUGGAGCAAGCUAUGCCAACUCUUAUCGAACUGAUGUAUGAUACCAGCGUAGUCGUUCGCGAUACUGCUGCGUGGACAUUUGGUCGCAUAUGUGAGAUGAUUCCAGAUGCCGCGAUCAACGAAACUUAUCUAAAACCAUUGCUGGAAUCUUUGGUAAACGGAUUGAAGGCGGAGCCGCGAGUUGCCGCUAAUGUAUGCUGGGCAUUUACGGGAUUGGCAGAGGCAAGCUACGAGUCCGCUGAGGCAAGCGAAGAUGGCAAUCAACCGGAAACGUAUUGCAUGUCACCAUAUUUCGAUUUUAUCAUUCAACGACUUUUAGAAACUACUGAUCGACCAGAUGGGGCACAGGCGAAUUUGAGAUCUGCUGCUUAUGAGGCUCUCAUGGAGAUGGUGAAGAAUUCACCGCGUGAUUGUUAUGUGACAGUACAAACUACAAUGGUAAUACUCGAACGAUUGCAACAGGUAUUGCAGAUGGAAUCGCACAUACAGAGCCAUUCGGAUCGCGCCCAAUACAACGAUUUGCAAUCGUUGCUUUGUGCGACUUUACAAUCCGUUUUACGUAAAGUCACCACAGAGGACGCUCCGCAGAUAUCUGACGUGAUAAUGACUGCUCUGCUCGCCAUGUUUAGCUCAAAUUCCUGCAAAUCGGGCGGUGUGCAGGAGGACGCGCUCAUGGCUGUCUCAACUUUGGUUGAAGUGUUGGGAGAGGGUUUCCUGAAAUAUAUGGAAGCUUUCAAGCCUUAUCUUUGUCUCGGUCUGAAGAAUUAUGCCGAGUAUCAGGUGUGCUGCGCAGCGGUCGGCCUCACUGGGGACAUCUGUCGUGCGCUUAAGAGCGAAAUGCUUCCUUACUGCGAUGAAAUUAUGACUCUGUUGUUGGAAAACCUCAGUAAUAACGCCGUUCAUCGUUCGGUCAAGCCGCAAAUCUUUUCAGCAUUCGGUGACAUUGCCAUGAGUAUUGGACCAGAGUUCAAGAAAUACCUAGACGUGGUAUUGCAGACAUUGGUGCAGGCAUCGCAGGCUAAUGUGGACAGGAGCGAUUACGAUAUGAUUGAUUAUUUGAACGAGUUGCGCGAGGGUGUGCUCGAAGCUUACACCGGUAUAGUCCAAGGAUUGCGUGGCGAUGGGAAUAAUUGUCCGGACGUCGCUAUUUCCCUUAUCGAGCCACACGUGCCGUUCAUCAUACAAUUUAUCACUUCGAUAGCACAAGACCGCGAGCAUUCCGAAGGCAAUGUAUCAGCUGCGGUAGGUCUACUGGGCGAUCUCGUCAUGGUAUUUGGAACUAAACUGUUGCCCAUGGUAGAAACCGAGCCGCUAAAUGACUUGCUGGCUAAGGGAAAGAAGUCACGUCUUCAUAAAACUAAACAACUGGCAAGCUGGGCUGCGAAAGAAAUUCGAAAGCUCAAAACUGCUGCCAAUGCAACGUCCAGUUGAUCACCCCACGGUUGUACUGUCGUGCAAUUUGAUUUGACUAGAAAGCUAUCAAACACAAUACAAAGACAACAAGAUUGGAUGGUGCGGAUGCGAGUUGAUGGAUGUGCGUGAGUUCCGAAGCGAUGAUGACGAGAUGGGGUGAUGAGUCUGCACGUGUCCCUAUCUGGCGACGGUAUUUUAUCGAUAUAAUAUAUCGAUGUCGAAUGCAGCCCAUAUGGAUCCGAGAGAAAGAGAGUUUAGCGAGAACGCGAGAGCGAAAGAAAGUGAGAAUGAGAGAGAGAAAGAAAGAUAGAGCGCAUGCUAAACGAAAGAGCGAAUAAGAAAAAGAAAAGAAAACCAAAAUACCUGUCUGCCGGAUUCCGACAAUGGAUGAUGAGGAUGUGCAAAUGGAUGUUGCCGAUGAAUGAAUUAAGGCCAAGUGAAAAGUCUAUGGAGAUUCUGAUUACAAGUAUGCCUGAUGUAAAGAAGUCUGCGGCAUUUACCCGUGUGAUUGAAAGAUUAAACCCCGAGAAGAGAGAAAGAGAGGACUACUUCAAUUAUCGUGGGUAGUGAGAGAAAUGAACGGAAGAAGAUACGAAAGAGCGCGACAGGAAUACCAUGCGAGGUUGGACGGAAAAUAUACAUAUAUAUGAGUGAAGGAGAGUGAAAGCGAGAGACUCAGGGAGAAUUUCCGAAAUAAAGUGAUAGCAUGAUAGAUACGAGAAAGAACGAAUGACAAAUGUAAUACAAUGUAUGAUGUAGCAAUGUGUAGCAAUGGGUAUGCGUGUAUGAGAGA